UGGAAGUGGACCUUGUUUGGUUCCUCGUCUGCGUCUCGCGGUCUCGCUUGCAACGCCGAAACAAGUCGCGUCACUCUCUCCACACACCACACAUCAUGGACGCAUCUAAACGCGCAAAGCUCCCACAAGUCGCGCGCGCUUCCGUCAGGGCUGCUGAUAAGAGCGGCGCCCUCGAUCGUAAUGAGUACACCAUGGCAGUGGCGCGCGCCGACGUCCUCAAACGCCUCAAUCUCACGGAAGUCGACAGUGAGGGGAAGAAGAUCAUUAAGGAGGCAGUGAUGAAGGCAUUGGCCGCGCUCGGGGAGAAUGAGGAGCAGUCAUCGAACGAGGAGGUUUCGGAGGAGCAGCUAGAGGACAAUGAAGAGGUUGAGGAGGAGCCGCCAAGGAAGGGCCGACGGAGGGAGACUAAGCUCAAAGCCCCGUCUGAGUCUGAGGACAGCAAGAGCGACAGCUUCGACCCGUUCGACGAUGACGAAGAGCCGCCGCGCAAACGCGCACGAUCCAGCAAAGUUGCGUCUCGCGGCGCCUCGGCCAGCACAGGGCGAUCGCGCACAUCCACGCCGCUGAAGCAGGGCAAGCCGUCAGCCAAAAGCGUGGAGGUGAUUGAGGACUCCGACGACGAAGCUGCGCCAGCCAAACGCAAGUUGUCCACGUCUCCCUCGCCGGCCUCGUCUAUGUCGAGCACGCCCCACACGCGAGCGCCCGUUCCUUUGAGGGUCGCGACAAGUCGCUCACAGCAGCUGUCGCCCGACGAGGCGCAGAUAGCCGACCUCAAGCGCAUUGUCGUUGCGUGCGGCGUGCGCAAGCAAUGGACGAAGGAGUUUGCGGACUGCCCAACCCCUUCAUCCCAGAUCAAUCACUUGAAGAGUAUCCUGCAUUCGCUCGGCAUGAAGGGCAAACCGACGAUGGGCAAGGCCAAGUCGCUCAAGGAACGACGCGAGUUGGCACAGGAGCUCAAUGAUGUGAAGGAGUUCGAAGCAAGCCGCGGUGCCGAGCGUCCCAGACGCGGACACGCUGAGCCGGACCGAAGAGUUUCGGCGUCUGGCGCGAUGGCUGCCGUCAUGGAUUUCCUUGACGACGACGACGACGACGACGAUGACAAGUAAAACCGCGAUACCCGCAUGCCGCGCCAGGCACGUUCAAGCAUACUAGCUUCUGAGAAGUGGCGAGAUAUGGGAGCGGUUGUGCCUGGCGGAAGGGGGAAUGUGGGAAGCCGGCAGAAGCGGAUGCAUGAGGCCGGCAGGCGAUACUGCUGGUCAUCUUGUG